AUGUCAAACCACUAUGCUGGACCAUUCGGUCAACCGGGAGAUACUCCUUACCAGCUUCCGCCACCACGCGCGCCGGCGAACUUCACUGAUCAAUAUGCACGACCUCGACAGACGGGAGACAUGACCGAUGCAGGAAGUAUCUCAGCACCAGUUGUUCCUCCUACUGCAAAUCCUCCAAGGAACGAGCAACUCCCUUCAGUCCGAGACCUGUUGACACCGACGGUCGCCCCUACUUCUCCUAAUGCCUAUCAACCGCCAUUCGCAGCUCCUCCAUCAAAUUCCGAGCCCCGUGAACUCUCUUACCCAUUUCGCCCUCAUGAACAAGCUCUUUCACCGGUCGCAGCGCAGGAACGGAUCAAGACUCGCUCAGAAUCCUUCUCUCAACAACAGACGAGCACUCUUCCACCCCUCUCGCAAGUAGGUAUGCAUAAUCAGCCACACGCCAAGCAUCAUAUUGCCAGCCGAAGUGAUCCAGUGUCCACAUAUGCCCAUUCUCAACCAGGUUAUAGCGGUGCACCGUACUACGAACGAGCUUUGAGUGGAGAGGGCUCGUCUCCUGAGGUAGCUGGUGGAACGAAAGCAAACACAGCGUUACCGCAAGUGGUAGAUGAGCGAUACGUUGAUGGCGAGGGGCUUUGCUACGUUUAUGCAGACGGAACACAUGUCCCCAAACUAAUCGACGGCGUGCCAGUCAAUGCCCAUUGGGGCAUCACCAAAGCAGGCAAGCCCAGGAAGCGGCUGGCGCAAGCUUGUCUCACCUGCCGGGAGAAAAAGAUCAAAUGCCAACCAAAUCUGCCCAAAUGUGAUCAAUGUCAGAAAUCAGGCCGAGAGUGCAGGUUUGAGAGCGCUCCUCGUGGAAGCCGUUUCUCAAUGCGAGCGUCUUCAGGAGCAGGACCGUCGCCGAAGUACGAUUCCAGAGAUGCCUUUCCACCAGCACCGAUUACAGCCUCAGAAACCUCUCCUCCGAUGUACCACGUCCUACGGGCCUCGACCAGCACUAAUUCACUUCCUGGAAACAGUGGACAGUCACCGACAUCCGAAGGCCGACGACUGACUUCGUCUCCUAUCGAACGGUCGUACGAAACCACUGAACGAAUGUACACAGCACACGCUGUCAGAGACCCACGCCGAUUUGCCGCAGCGAACGACAACUUGACAACCCCAGUAGAUCCCCCUGCGCAUCGUCUUGCUGAGUAUCUGGGCAUUCUCGAAGACUUGAACGAGACUGGCCCCGAAGCACCGCUUGCGAGCUCCUGGGCCAUCGAUCCUUUCCAAGAAGACCCCGAAGCGACAAUAUACUUUGUCGAAUCGUACUUCUCGUCUGUCAAUGAUGGCAUGUACCACAUAUUUCCGCGUGCACGGUUCAUUUGGUGGCUCAGAUCUUGCCGGACGAAGUCUGCUGAGGACAGAAUGCUACUGUAUUCGAUGAUGGCAUUGGGUGCUUUGUUCUCAGAUCGGCCUAAUCGGAUGAUGACAUUGCGAAAAUGCUCUCGUAUCGCUCGCUUUGCCUCGCAGAAAAACCAGCAUGCCUUUUGCUUGCAACUUGCUCAAACCCACCUUAUCCUGAGUCUUUUGUACUACGGUACAGGCUCAUUGGUUGCGUGCUGGGACUCUCUCGGUGCUGCAGGGCGCGUGGUCAGUGCCUUGCGAUAUAACCUUGAGUCUGGCGGAGUUACUACAAACCAAAAUCAGGUUUGCGACUAUGGAUUGCACCCACAUGCCUUGGUUGAGUGCCGUCGGCGGACAUUCUGGGUCACGUACAUCCUAGACCGCUUUUCGAGUUUCUUCUCGGCAUCGUCUACCUUUAUCUCCCCCGAAAGUGCCCUGCUGCGACUCCCCUGUCGCGAAGACAUCUACGAAGCUCAACAAAACGCAACAGCCCCCUACUUCCAAUCAGUCUUCAACCAGGCAUCCGCCCCGGCCGACAACGACCGAGCAGCGCUCAGCCCAAUGGCUUUCUUGAUCCAGAUCAUAUCCAUCUGGGGCGACGUGUCACUGAAUGUGUUUCGGCUGGCUCAUACGCCCUCAGACGGAUACGCUCGAUCAGCCGAAGAGUUCCAUAUGAUGAUCACCCGCCGCACGGAUGAUUGGUUCAAGGGUCUGCCAGAUCACCUGCUGUUCUCAGCAUUCAAUCUUGAGCGCGCCAGUUUAGCAAACAAGGCAGAUGCCUUCGUCUCAAUCCACAUGUUUCACCACGCUACCCUGAUGAAGCUAUACCGACACGCACGGUACUCAAGUCUUCGGCCGGACGUGCUCAUUCAGUACGUCCACCGCGCUCGAUACCACGCCGUCGAGACAUUGAGGAUAGCUAUGGCUGUCAUGCAAUACACUAACGAAGGGCCCCGCACAGCCCUCCUGAGCCCCUUCCUAGGCUACGUGAUCCUAUCCGCGGUCGAUGUCCUAAGCACCGCCGGCCUGGUGAAUGAGUUACCCGACUGCAUCUCUCUCAUCCGAAGCGCUUUCGGCGUAAUCCAGCUCAUGAGUCGGUAUUGGGGUAGCUCACUGGACUUGGCGAAUGCUGUUCAGAAACGCCUGGCUUCGAUGAUUGACUGUCUGAACGACAGAGCGCGGAUCCAGGACAAGGUUGGCUUUGCUGUCGACGGCCCAUCACUCGAAAUGAAGGUCCGUACUAAUGCUUCGCCCUCGUAUUCCGGCCCCGUCGACGAGGACAUGUUCAACGGGUCCAUGCACAAGGGCAUGCUGGUGCGUGCAAUGCGCGCGGAAGACGUUAUGGUUCCUGAGAGUAGCAUUGUCAUUCUGCGGGAUCAUUGA